GGAGAGCUCGGCUCAUCGCACUCAAGCUCACCUCAUUGUACAACUUGCUCGCAAGCUCUCGGCUCUGAUAUUUUCUCCCCCCUCCCUACUCGGCCGAGAUAUAAUAGAUCGAGAAGAUGUCGGACGGCACGGCGACCUGCAUCGACAUCAUCCUCGCCAUCAUCCUGCCGCCGCUCGGGGUCUUCUUCAAGUUCGGCUGCGGGGUUGAGUUCUGGAUCUGCCUCGUCCUCACCUUCUUCGGCUACCUCCCCGGCAUCAUCUACGCCGUCUGGGCCAUCACCAAGUAGACGAGGAGGAACCGCAGCCGGCCUCUGCAUCGAGGUGAUGGGACCUCGUGCGCGUGAUAUUCUGGUGUAAUCCGCAGCUGUUUGAGAUGUAAUUUCUUUUUUUUUUAGUUUCUGGUUUGUUUCUUUCUUUUUUCCUUUGGGCGCGGCGGAUGGUGCGCACCGUGCUGGGCGUGUCGUACAUCUCCCUGCUGCUGGUGCUCAGCUUCCUCUUCCUCUACGACCGUUUCUCGCUGGUGCUCUACUCGUCCCUCUCCCUGGAGUACGGGCUGCGCCUCCUCCACUGUAUCGUCCAGUUCCUCUGCACAUUUCCGUCCCUGUACUUUGAUUGAUUAAUUGAUUCGUCCUUUCUUCGGUGGAAAAUCCGAUCCCCUGCUUGACUGCUUGAGCAA